GCAAGUAUCAUUUUCUUGUUGUACCUACUGCUAGACUUUCCUGCCUUAUUCCAGGUGAUCUGGAGACGGCAAGCAGUCUAGAAGUGGUGUCCUGAUUUACCAACUUCAUUCUCUUUACUCCAAAGCAAACUAGUGAGCAUGGGGGCCACCUUCCUUCAAGCACUCUGCAGUAUGUAUAGAAGCGAUGUAGCCCAUCUGUCCAAUCAGACGCCUUCAGGUUGUUCUUCAAAACGGCAGCAAGGGACGCUAUAUGCAAAUCGUGUGACCGAGAUUCUUGAAGCGAUGCGUUUCGUAUGACCUAUAUUGCUACUGAGGUGAACUCCCUGUAAGAACGCACAGAAAGAUAUGAUGUGGAAGCGUUGCUGCCCGAUGAGAGUGUACUUUCAAUUCCCCUUUAACCAUGGCUGCGACGCUGCAUCGCCAAAGGUAUUCGUAUCAAAGACUCAAAUGU